AUGGAAGGUAGCAGCAAGAAUAAGAUUGCGGAGACGGCAGUUGGGAAGAUAUCAAGCUUCCAGCCAGUGACGAUUUGGGAGGUAGACAAGCCCAGAGGUACUGGUGCUAUCUUUAUCUCUUAUAUCACUGUUGCUUGGCCAGAUGGUCUGAAGGGAUCCUGGAUGGGUGACUGGGGAUACUUUUGUGGUGGACCAUGGUAUCCGGCUCAGACAAUCUCCAAUAUUCAAGAUAACUAUACGCUAAAAUGCACAUGGAUUGACAGUGAUGGUAGUAAUGGAAUUGGCAUCAAGAGAUUAGGCAUUCACAUCACAGACUUUACACCGACUAUCGAACGUCUUGCUGUAUACCAAAUGACACUUUCCUCCAAACCCCGCUUUCGGAUGUACGAUGAUAUCAACACGGAUACAUAUUUACCAUAUUUCGACCCCUUUCUCAAAUUCAAACAGAAGACUCUCCUUGAUGUCUAUAGGGCAUUGGUCGUGGGUGUCGAGUGUAGCAAACUAGAUUGCAACCCUCUACCACCAGUUCCAUCUCCCUGUACUCGGGGAACGAAGAAACGAAAACCGCUCUCGUUCAUCAUGGAAGCCCAAUCAUCUGCCACGUAG